AUGAAGCGGAUACCCAUACAAAGAUGCGCCUCGCAACUGCUGGGUGCGCCCUCGCCACGCCGGCCCUCGUGUCCAUAUACUGCGGCGAAGAAUGUACGGAGAAGCGUCAUACCUCAUAGCCACCGGAUACAGGCCAGGCUCCAGAGCACAGCAGCAGUCCCAGACGACGGGGCGUUGGAACUCGAGAUCGCAGCAAACGCUGGCACACCAAAGACACACAGGUCAAGACAGCAGUCACGGCAGCUUGAGAGCCUGCCCUCCCCACAUCCCAAAGCCGCCGAGCGUUCGACCAAACUACACGCCCUGCGAAGUCGACUGUCCCUCCCGCCUCGCUUCCCCCUCCAAGCCCUCGCACGAACCCUCGUACACCCCUCCGCCGACCCCAACCCCGCCUUCAAUAAUGCCUCACUAUCCAUACUCGGACGCCAGCUGCUUGGCUACUACACCUCCGAGUGGCUUCUGUGCAACUAUCCCCGUCUGCCAACAGACGUCGUCUUCGCUGCAGUAGAGGCCUACAUUGGCCCGAGAGCCCUCACCACAAUUGCACGCGAAUGGGGCAUUGAGGCCGCCGACGAACCGGGUGGUGAGGUCGAUCCCGGCCUGCUACAAUUCAAAAGAAUACCGUCGGGUCAUGACCUGCCACCCGAGUUGAGACGACAGGCACCCUGGAAGUGGAAUAUCACUACCACCCACAAGAUCAUGAAAACCGACGAGUUCGGCUCCAACAAUGCCGCACCGAGCCCACACGCGCUACAGAGCACACCGGUGCCAUUGGAAGACGCCGCUUCAUCCUUUGUUCGAGCACUCAUCGGUGCCAUGCACGUACACCUUGGCUCUCCGCUCGUCAAGCGGUUUUUCCGUGACCACUUCCUCAGCCGACAUCUCGACAUCAGCACAAUCUUCGACUUCCGGAUGCCCACUCGCGACCUUUCACGGUUAUGUGCGCGGGAAGGCUUCGAAGCACCCGUCGCCCGAAUAAUUUCAGAAACCGGUCGUUUGAGCAGACAUCCCGUCUUCGUGGUUGGCGUAUACAGUGGAAAGGAUAAGCUAGGAGAGGGGUCAGGCAGCUCAUUGGACGAGGCCCGGACACGGGCAGCGGCAGCAGCGUUAAAGGCAUGGUACCUCUACAAGCCAGUCGAAGUCACUGUCCCAAGCAGCAUGGAGGGCGAGUUGGAUACGAGCAAAUGGCGGCCGAACCACAUCGACCACGGAGAGGUUAUUGUGUAA